AUGGCUUUUCCAUACAGAAAGAUUCUCAUUCUCGGGGCUACGUCUGGUAUCGGUCGCGCUUUGGCCGCAAGUCUUAUCCAAGAUGGUCGCUUUGUGAUCGCAGUCGGUCGACGAAAGGAACAUCUGGAUUCCUUUGUCCAGGAGCAGGGCACAGACAAGGCCGUAUCUUUCCAAUUCGAUAUUAGUCGGUUGGAUGAAAUCCAAAGCUUCGUGAAGAGUGUGACAUCGUCCCAUCCCGAUUUGGACUGCGUCUUCGUCAACUCGGGUAUCCAACGUCGCUCGGUAUUUAGUGAGCCAGAAACGAUCUCUAUGAGUGACAUCCAGGAGGAAAUGACGGUCAACUACAUUUCCUACGUUGCGAUGGCUAAAGAAUUUUUGCCUUUUUUCAUGGCUAAAGAGAACACCCCAACAUCCCUUAUAUUCACCUCUUCAAAUCUUGCACUUGUUCCCAUUCUCCGCUGCUCCAACUACUGUGCUUCCAAGGCUGCUCUUCACCAAUGGAUCUUGUGUCUACGUGAACAGCUCAAGGGCACAAAUACCAAAGUCAUCGAGAUCUUCCCACCUAUUGUACAAACCGAACUCCAUGAUGCAAAGCACCAGCCCGACAUGGGGCAGGCAGGGAAAAGUUUUGGCAUACCGGUAGAACAGUUUACUGAAGAGACCAUGGAACGGCUUCAGGCGGGUGAUGAGCAGAUCCCCGUAGGGCUAUCCAAGAUAGCCUUUGAAAGCUGGGAACAGCAGCGCCAAGGAGCGUUCCACCGUAUAGUAGAGUUGAUGAAGAGUAGCGAGUUUUGA